AUGUUUGCUACUUCCCUUCGUUCGGUUUGCCGCAAUGGCCCCAGGGCAGCCCGCAGCUUUAGCUCCACUGCUGCUACAAGCGCGGCCGAGGUUAAAUCGCUGGGUGUGAUCGGUGCCGGCCAAAUGGGCUUGGGUAUUGCUCUUGUCGCAGCCCAAAAGGCUCAGAUACCGGUGACUUUGGUCGACAGCUCUCAAGCUUCCCUGGAUAAGGGUCUCAAGUUUGCUGAUAAGCUACUUGAGAAGGAUGUUUCCAAGCAACGUCUUACCCGGGAAGCCGCCGAUGCGGCCCGCGGGCUUCUAAUUCCAACCCUGAAGAUGGAUGACCUAUCUUCAGUAGACUUUGUUAUUGAAGCGGUUCCCGAAAUCGCCGACCUUAAAACGUCCAUCUUUUCUAAGCUCGCCCAAAUUGCUCCUAAGCACGCUAUUUUGGCUACCAAUACUUCAUCGAUUUCUAUCACCAAGAUCGCGGCCGCUACCACCACCGAUCCGACAGACCUGCAAGCUUCGUCACGGGUUAUCUCGACUCACUUUAUGAACCCUGUCCCGAUUCAAAAAGGAGUUGAGAUUAUCCGAGGCUUGCAGACCUCGCAGGAGACUAUGGACACUGCCAUCGCCUUUGUGCAACGCAUGGGCAAGGUGGCUUCGGUCUCCGCUGACUCUCCCGGCUUCUUGGCCAAUCGUAUCCUCAUGCCGUACAUCAAUGAGGCUAUUAUCUGUUUGGAGACAGGUGUGGGUGGCCGCGAAGAUAUUGAUAACAUCAUGAAGACUGGAACAAAUGUUCCCAUGGGCCCGCUGACAUUGGCUGACUUCAUUGGUCUGGAUACCUGUUUGGCUAUCAUGAACGUUCUCCACCAGGAGUCUGGAGACAGCAAAUACCGUCCUGCCGGUCUUCUGCGUCGGAUGGUUGAUGCUGGCUGGCUAGGCAAGAAGUCUGGAAAGGGCUUCUAUGAGUACUGA